AUGGCCGGUGGGCUUGGUUACGGAGGGUAUGGACUUGGUUACGGCGGCUACGGAGGCUACGGUGGUUAUGGAGGAUACGGUGGAUACGGCGGCUACGGCGGUGGCCUUGGAUAUGGCGGAGGCCUGGGAGCUGGCGGCGCUGGUGUCGGCAGCAGCGUGGCCCUUAUUCGUGGCGCACCCGGACUAUACAAGGCGGUACCCGGUCCAGCAUUUCUGGUCAGGACCAUCCACCAAGUGAACAAGCUUUCUAGUGGUGGAGCACUGGUCGCCCACUCCGGCCUCGGAGCAGGAUCGUAUGGCGGCUACGUUCGUGGCUACGGAGGUGGCUUGGAUGGCUACGGAAGUGUUUUGGGAUAUGCAGGCGGUUUGGGAUAUGGUGGCUACGGUGGCUACGGUGGCUACGGCGGCUACGGCUACAAGGGUUGA